CGCAUAUGUGAUUAGGGUGUUAUUUAGCACUGUGUUGAAUAUUUAUUUAAUUAUUUGUUAGACAUCUAAGAUUUAUAAUUAAAUAGACGCAAGAAUUAUGAAGUGCACCAUUCCUGAAAUUUCGUGGCAUAAUCGCGACCCAGUAUUGAGUAUUGACAUACAAAAUGGGAAUAUUAUUGGGCCGAACAAUGAAGUUUCUUGGCGUCUGGCAACCGGAGGAGCUGAUUCUCAUGUUCUGAUUUGGCAUUUAACCAUCAAUGAAGUAGGAGCAGCCGUAAUAACGUGUGUGGCAGAUCUUACACGUCAUCAAAAAGCAGUGAACACUGUGCGUUUUUCACCGUCAGCAGAUAUUCUAGCUUCAGGGGAUGACGAGUCUGCCAUCAUAUUAUGGAAACAAAGGGAAGAAUCUGAACUACCUCCACUUACAAAUGAUGAGACUCAAAAUAAGGAACAAUGGACCUCAUGGAAAGUUCUCAGAGGCCAUAUGCAAGAUGUAUAUGAUGUUAGUUGGUCCCCUGAUUCUAAUUUUCUUGUAUCGGGAUCGGUUGACAAUACAGCUAUACUAUGGGAUGUUCAAAAAGGAAGAAGUAUUUCCAUAUUGUCUGACUAUAAAGGAUUCGUGCAAGGUGUCUCCUGGGAUCCAUGUAACCAAUACAUUUGCACUAUAAGUACAGACAGACAAUGCCGCUUAAUAGAUGUGAAUACAAAGAAAACUAUUCAGCGUGUUCAUAAAGCUAAAAUUCCAACACCAAAUGGUUCGUCCUUGGAGGGAAAAAUGGUACGAUUAUUCCAUGAUGAUACUUUCAAGUCUUUUUUCAGAAGAUUAACGUUUACGAUAGAUGGUUCAUUAAUUAUAGUACCCUCUGGUAUUAUUGAACCACAAGAUUCAACUGAGAGAUCACUAAAUGCAACAGUAGUAUUUUCACGAUAUAAUCUGAAAGAACCUAUUGCUAUUCUGCCAUCAUUAAAAGAAAGUACCAUUGCUGUCCGUUGUUGUCCACUUUUCUUUCAACUAAGGGAAGAUGGACCUACAUCAAUGAUAGCUUUACCAUAUAGAAUGGUAUUUGCUGUUGCUACACAACACUCGGUAUUAAUUUAUGACACACAGCAAACAUCGCCUGUUGCAACUAUCUCUAAUAUCCACUAUACUCGCUUGACUGAUUUAGCUUGGUCAUCGGAUGGAAAAAUGUUAGUGGUAUCAUCCACGGAUGGUUACUGUUCAAUAAUAAAUUUUCAUGAAGGAGAAUUAGGAAAAACAAUUGAAAGAGAAGUGUUACCUAUGAAUAAAUCUAUCACUGCUGCAAACAAAUCGUCAGUUUUGAAUAAACAAAAUGACAGUAAAAUAAAUCAAACUCAAAAUGUACUUCUGGAACUGGAUAACAAUGCAAUGGAUAUUGACAUUGCAAGCAUAAAAUCAAUUGAGUCAAUUAAUGGAAAGGAGGAACAUAAAGAAAUUGAAGAAAAAAAAGAAAUUAGCAAGACUGAGAUUAAUGUCAAGCCAAUUCAGACUUCAUUAAAAGAUAAUAAUUGCCAUAACGACAUUGAGGAGACUGAAGACAUAAGACUCAUAUACAGUGAUGAUAGCAACACCGAAAUCAUAAAAGAAAAAAGUAAAAGUACUCCUUCUAAAUUGGAAAUUGAAUUGGAAAAUAAUAAAAAUACUCCACCGAAAGUAGAAAAACCACCUGUGCUUACAGCAAAAACUCCUCGUAGAGUACAACUGAUUACAUUAUCAAGCCCUAAACGAACGAAAAAAGACUAAGUAUACAAGAAACUCUAAUCUGUUUUCAAUGUAAAUAAAUGUAUGCAUACGUUAAGCUUCUAAUUACUAUUUGUACUUCUAAGGCAAUAUCAUCACUUGAUAAUUGAUAAGGAAUAAUUUGCAAAGCAAUUAGACAU